CUCGUCGUACAUAUGCCAUUCCUCGUAUAUUAGUUCCCUCUCUCCACAUUUUCUUGUUCAUAUGCAUCGUCCUGUUUUUUUUUUGUAAUUUUUCCCGCCCUUCUCCCUAUUCUCUGCCCCCUCCUCUGCCUCGUCUUCCCGAGUCCGCCUCAUGGGAUUUUUUGACCACCUCCAGAAAGGAGGCGCUUUCUCUCUCCAGGCAAAGAAACCCCAAAUACGAAAGGUAGUUCAGACACGAGCCGCGCCUCCCUCACGAUCCUCAUCCCAGACUCCAAGCAGAUCGCGCACCUCGUCCGUUGCCCCGCCGAAAAAAACUCAAGAACCGGAUAGCAGGUCAGCCUCUGGGGAAAGAGAACACAUAUCAUCGAAGCGACGCUUAGGGACACCACUGCGAAAUCGAAAGCGCCCAACGCCCGAGCAACGACUUUCCAGCGAUGACGAUGACGACGCGAGCGACACGGAUACCUCUUUUGAAGUGCGCAAACGCGCCAGGACGGGUGAUAGCCCAGAACCUGAUCUCCAGAGACGCGUAAGGUCUGUGAAGGCAUUUUCUGAAGAAGGGGCUAGGUCGCUUCCUAUGGUACAUGCGGCGGAGAUCACAUCUAUUCAAAAGGCGGGGAAAUUCAAACCCGCAUUUGAGAAUAAAAGUCAGCCAGCGGAUAUCUUUCUACAGUAUCCUAGUGCGGCGUCAAAAGAACGGUACCAACUAGUCGUUCCUCGGGACGAUGAUGAAUUUAAGCCUCUGGACGAUAUUGUCCAAGUUGUUGAGAUCGUUUCCCAAGCGUACAUUCCCGAAGACGAUUUAGAUGAGUUUAGUAACGAAUCGACGGGUAUCAAGCGGCGACUACGGCGAGCGCUAGCCCUGAAAUCCGAAGCGGAGUUUCGCGAGGGCGUGUCAGAUUAUAAUAAUGCUAUCGAUCGCCUCAGACGCAGUGGGAGCAUUGCUAAGAAACUGGACGCUACACAUCGGCUUAGUCUAGCUCACGUGGAGCGUAUCUUGAACCAAAUUUACUCCCGAACAGUUUCACCACGAGUCGAGUCUCUUCGCCAGUACGAAAACGGGACGGACAAUGUUUAUGGGGAGCUUCUCCCUCGAUUUAUCAGCACUAUUUUCAAGGAGACCGGGCUUAAGUCCGGUCAGGUCUUUGUUGACCUUGGGUCCGGCGUUGGUAACGUGGUCUUACAGGCAGCCUUGGAGAUAGGGUGCGAGAGUUGGGGCUGCGAAAUGAUGCAGAAUGCAUGCGAUCUUGCGGAGCUUCAACAAACGGAGUUUAAAUCGCGAUGUCGGUUGUGGGGAAUCGCGCCAGGGAAAACACACCUAGUCCGGGGUGACUUCCUUAAAGAGCAGAGCAUUGUCGAUGUUCUCAAACGGGCAGAUGUUGUUUUGAUAAACAACCAAGCUUUUACCCCUCAACUGAAUAAUGAGUUGAUCAAUCAUUUCUUGGAUAUGAAGGAGGGGUGCCAAAUUGUGUCUCUCAAGUCCUUUGUCCCCGUCGGUCAUAAGAUUCAAUCACGGAACUUGAACUCGCCUAUCAAUCUUCUCAAGGUGAAGCAGAGAAAUUACUGGUCAAAUAGCGUCAGCUGGACCGAUGUUGGCGGUACAUACUUUAUCGCAACCAAGGAUAGCUCUCGACUCAAGGCUUUUGCAGAGAGUAUGUCAUGACUGUCCUAUUUUCUUUCUCGACGACCGAGUAAACAUCAAGCCCCUUCUUUGGUGCGAUGACUGGAACGAAGCGAUUUUUGGUUCCCGGAUGUUGUUCUUUUCUUGGGCACCUGGUAUAUACUGUCUGUACUUGUGUAC